GAGCCCCUUUUGACCGGUCUCCUUCUUUCUCCCUCACCCUCUUACUAGUAAGAAUACUCAAAUCAACUCCCCCUCAUUCUCCUCUUCUUCUAUAAUCAACCCAUAUUCCCCAAAUCCUUCAUACCCCCGUCUCCUUCUCUUGCUCCUCUAAUGGCCGAAUCCCAAGAAAUUCACCUCAAAGUGCCCUAUUACGGACCCCCAAUCCCUCCCUCUCAAACUCCAUCCCGCAAUUGCCCCAAACCCCCCAAAUGCAAUUUCGACGCCUACUCCUUGCUCUGCACCAUCACCAAGAUCACCACCAUCUUCCUCAUCACCAUCGGCAUCAUCGUCCUCGCGCUCUGGCUCAUCUACCAGCCCCAAAGCAUCAAGAUCUACGCCGAAUCGGCCGAGCUAUCCACCUUCAAUAUCUCCCUCGUGGCCAACGAAUCCCUUCUAGCUUACAACCUUGCUGUCAAUUUCACCUUCCGAAACCCUAAUCGUAAGUACAGCGUCUAUUACGAGCGCAUCGAGGCCCAGGCUUUGUACGCCGGGUACCGGAUCGGAUCCAUCGGAUACCCGCCGCUGCGUCAAGGGAGGAAGGACUCGAUGCCGGUGAUGGCGAGAUUCGACGGCCGGACGGCGACGGAGGCCGCCGGUACUUAUAAUAGGGAGAAGGCGGAAGGCUUCUUUUAUGUUAGGGUUAAGAUGUAUGUGACGGUGAGGUUGAAGAUGAUUGUUAUAGAAAGUGUGAAAUUCAAGCCGGAUGUCGACUGUGAACUGAGGAUUCCGGCGCCGGGAAAUUCUACUUCUUUGGCUGCCGGAUUUGUCAGAACAGAGUGCGAUGUGAAUAAUUUCUCUUGAAUUUCUUCCGGUUCAAAGGUUUUUUUUUUUUUUUUUUUUUUUUUUUUUUUUUGAAUAUCUUGUAGGGGUUGUUGGAGCUUGUUGUUGUAUCAUUAUGAGUUUAAUCAAUGUUGAUUUAAUUUUGGUUG